AUCCAGAUCGCCACCAUCAUGGAACCGAACCAGCGCCACACAAUGGCGGAGUGUGCCAUGGCUUCCUUCCUAAAUGGUCAGUACUACGAGUCCGUUUGUUGCACGGCCGCACUGGUCUACAUGGGAGAGCAACUGCGCAGCCACGAGCGCCAUCUGAUGUGCGACAUCUUUUUGGGUAUCAUCAAUAGAUUCAUUAUCGAGAAAAAAGAAUUGGAGAAGCAGUUGGAGACUAAACGCCAAGCCCUACAGCAGAUAAGCGAACCGACUGAGGAGCAAAAACAAGUUGUGGAGGCCGCCAAGGAGGGGAUCAAUAUCCUGUUAUGGCAUUUAACGAUGUACGUCAGCGAAAUGUUGGGCAUCACAAUUGAGGCCCUAAACUCUUUCACCACUGAUGACCACGAGCCAAAAGUGUUCCUUUUCCGCUUGAUGGGCGAGUGCCUGGGGAUCAUGUGCCAAUUGGUGAACCCCGAUGAUGAUGUGGUCAAUACGGCGGCCUCCACUGCCUAUGCCUUUGGGGUGGUCUACGGCUUCCAUCUACCGCCGACCCACCCCUCCAACCUGGAGAACAUCAUCUCCUAUUGCAUAUUUGCGGUACGCAAUUUGCGGAACCUCGAUGCGGCCAUUCAGCUUGCCUCUUAUGCCACGUCCAUCUGCACAGAGGAGAUGAUCCUUGAGUCCAGACACGUGCAGGCCACAAGACACCGCCUCCACUUACUUCAGCUGUGUCUGGAUGUGUGGACUACCAUAAGGGAAAUCAUGAAUAGCGACAGCAACGCCAACACCAAUGAAGAUACUGCCUCUGAAGCCCCGAAUGCAGAUGCAUAAGCCCAUGGAUCGGGAAUCUAGAAUUUAGUACAAAGAACACAUUCCUCAAGCUGCUUUAGCAGCAGGGCAGAGCACACUCGCUC